AUGAGUACAUCAGCGUUUCUUGAUCGGAAUUAUGAAUGGCUGGAUGCUGUUCUUGUGGUGAUUCAACGGAUUCUGCUCGCGAUCCAAGUUUUGUGCGGAUUCGAGGUUCCGUCGACGCAUGGAGUUGAAAAUGGAUCUGUAAGUCUUUGAUUUUGUUUGAUUUUUAGGAAUUUGAAUGAUAAAAUGAUGUAGCAAAUAUUUAUCUUUAUUUUGACUCUAAUAGCAUGUAACACGGCUAAACAUCGACCGAGUUCUCGAUCAAAACCUAUAUUAUCCAUGUUUCAGAACUUUGUUGUUCGUCAUCUGGUCAGAGUCUCUCGGAACUACUACAUUUUGGCGAAGGACUUCCGCAGUAGAUUGGCGAGUGCUUGUCCUCAUAGAAUUGCCCUGCCUGAACUUCAAGCAUCGAAGAGAUAUUGUGAUACCAAGCAUUCGUCGCCAGCCAGCACUUCCGAACCUCCACCAGAGUGCGAUGAGAGUGCUAUCAAGCAGAGUUUGAGUAAGUUUUUGUAUUUUUGUUUGUUUUUUUUGUGUUUAGGGUUAGAGCUGGGUCAGUUGGAGAAAAAGAGGUAUUAUAGACGAUAAUUUUGGCUUUUUAGGCGGAUUUUUUGUGUUUUAGAUGAAAUUUCUGUUCUUUAGGUGUAAAAUUUUCAUUUAAAAAAAAAUCAAAGUUAAUUUUAACUAGCCUUGGUGAUAAUUUAUGAUGUAGGCAUCUUUUUUUUCGUUUUGUAUUAAUAUAGGUAACAAUCUACUUUAGUGAUGAAGUACAACGAUUCCAUUGAAGUUGGCCGCUUUGAAACCUUGAACCUGAGCUCAUUGGCGCACAAAGUUGUUACCGGACUAGUUGGAGUUAUUCACGAGCCUCAUAGCUUUGUAAGUCUUCUUUGGAUCAUAUUUUAGGGGCUUUUUGUUGUUUUAGUUGAUGUAUUUUAGAGGUUUUUUGAUGUUUUAGUUAAUUUUAAAGCUAUUAUUGUGGAAAUUUUGUGAAAAAUUAUAGUUUUAGUUAAGUUACUCUUAUUUAUUUGUGAAGAAAGCAUGGAUCUUGUUAAUUUUUUAUGAUUUAUAUUGUUUUAGACUGUUCUUGCUGGGCUGAUCCCAUUGGAAGAUGAAGCGUUUGUUUCUUUGGUAAGUUUGACUUGAGUUAUUCAGGAAUUACUAUUUUGUUAACUAAAAAAUUAUUUUUACUUUAAAUUUUACAAACAAAGGUACAAAAUAAUAACUAUGUUGUUUUAGAUCAACCUCUAUAAUAAUAUUGUUUUAGAUCAACUUCUAUAAUAAUAUUGUUUUAGAUCAAUCUCUAUAAUAAUAUCAUUUUAGACCAAUUCCCCAGUUCGCAAAUACUCUGAAGCCGAUGUGACGAUGAAAAGCGAGAGUCUUGCCAUUCAAGAUGAUGCCAGUUCAGUGAAAGAGAUUGAAGGUGAUCAAAUCGAGCGUAAAAUGCCGAAAUCGUCAGUGAGAGGUAAGAACGUUCGACGUCAAUGUGAGAUGAAGACCAAGUUCAACGAGAAGCCGAGUGUUGUCAAUCAAGACGAGGACAUUAUGGAGCCCAGCGUGCCUGGCAAACGUAUUGGAACUCCACAUCCAGUGAAGAGCGCGGCCAAGAAGAAUCGGAAGGUGGUCAGAAACGCAAAUUCAUUGAAUUGUACUCCAGAAGUGGACGAGUUUGUGACUAGUGAUGAUUUGUCAUCGUUUUUCGAAGGCGACGAGAAGAAUCACAUUACUGUUUGA